AUGGACCCUAUAUCAGCUCUUAGUGUUGCUUCAGCUGUUAUCGCUUUUGUCGAUUUUUCGUGGAAAAUUGUUACUGGAGCAGCAGAAAUCUAUCGCUCCGUAGAAGGCACAACCAACGAGAACGCACGCCUCGAAGAUAUUGUACAGGAUCUUGAAACAAUCUCUAAACGAUUGAGCUCAAGUCCCCGGGAAGAGGAGAACGCCAUUGAGAACCCUGAAGAAUUCUUGGGCUAA